GAAUACCCAGAUUUACGCAAGCACUACAGCCACAUGGCCACUCACCUGACUCCUGACAUCUAUGCCAAACUGUGCCACAAAGUCACACCCAACGGCUUCACUCUGGACCAGGCCAUCCAGACGGGAGUGGACAAUCCCGGGGAGCCCUUGGUAGAAUCUGUGGGCAUGGUGGCUGGGGAUGAGGAGUCAUAUGAGGUGUUUGCUGAUCUCUUUUAUCCGGUCAUUCUGGAAAGGCACAAUGGGUACAACCCACAUACUAUGACUCAACCCACAGACCUGGAUGCCAGCAAGAUCCGGGGAGGACAGUUUGAUGAGCGAUAUGUACUGUCGACCCGGGUUCGAACGGGCCGCAGCAUCAGGGGGUUCAGCCUGCCCCCAGCAUGCACACGGGCGGAGCGCCGGGAGGUGCAGCGGAUAGUGGCAGAUGCUCUCACUGGCCUCCAGGGGGAGCUGGAGGGUCACUACUACCACUUAGCAGAGAUGACCGAGCAGGAGAAACAGCAGCUGACUGACGAUCACUUCUUGUUUGGCAAGCCAGCUUCUCUUUUCAUGACUUCCACUGGAAUGGCCCGGGAUUGGCCAGAUGCCCGUGGGAUCUGGCACAACAAGCAGAAGACUUUCCUUGUGUGGGUCAAUGAGGAGGACCACACCCGUGUUAUCUCCAUGGAAAAGGGUGGCAACAUGAAGCGAGUGUUUGAGCGAUUCUGCAAGGGACUGAAAGAGGUGGAAAGGCUGAUCAUGGAGAAGGGCUGGGAAUUAAUGUGGAAUGAAAGAGUGGGUUACAUUCUUACCUGUCCAUCAAACCUGGGCACAGGCCUGAGAACCAGCAUCCACAUCACCCUGCCCCACCUCAGCAAGGACCCCCGCUUCCCCAAAAUCCUGGAAAAUUUGCGCCUGCAGAAACGAGGGACUGGGGGGGAGGAUACGGACGUUGUGGACGCGGUCUUUGACAUCUCCAACCUGGACCGACUGGGCCUGUCUGAGGUGCAGCUGGUCCAGAUGAUGAUUGAUGGGGUGAACUACCUGAUUGACUGUGAGAAGAAACUGGAGAAAGGCCAGGACAUACAUAUCCCUCCUCCAAUCAGCCAGUUCAAAUAGAUUGACUGUUUGCUCAGUGGCUCCCCGUGUGGUUAUAAUGCCACAAUGAACUUGUUUUUCAUAUCCACAGCUAGUGGAUUUCACAUCAGAAUCAAGUAUUUUUAUUUUUGCGCUGCAACGUUUAGAGCUUCAUAAAAACACAAAUUCAAGGAUCCCCUACAAAUGUAUGAAAAACAAAAAACAUCCAGCAGUUCUGCAGACAGAAACACCUUGUUAAUGAAAGAAGCCAGCGGAGAAGGGCCAGAACGGUCAAAGCUUACAGGAAGGUGACAGUAAUGCAAAUAGCCACGCAACAGUGGUAGCCAGAAGAGCAUCUCUGAACAUAAAAUGUGUCAAACCUUACGUGGAUAGGCUAAAGAAGACCAACAAGCCUAAAAAAAUAAGUCCAAUAAAUACCUAAUAAAGUGCUCACUGAGUGUAUAUACAUAAUGUAUUAUACAUAUAAUAUAAAUAAUAUGCUGUAUACUAUUAUUAUUAAACAAAGGGAAACUGAGUCAACAAACACCUUUUAAAAAUAAUUUAUAUCAUUUAAAAAGAUAUGCAACACCCUUGUGGAAAAGUAAUUGCCCCCUUAGUUAAUCAACAAACUUACCAAAUUUAAUUAAAUUACAUUCAGCUGAUUGAACACAGUCAGGUUUGAUUGCAGCCAGCCUUGUUGGAUCUAAACUUCACCUUGCCAUCAAAGUGAAGUAGUCACCACAAAGUUUCUACAAGAACAAUAGUGUGAUCAAAGGGAAUUCUUGGGGAAAUGAGAAAAAAAAGUUGUUGAAGGAAAUUACUAUGACCUUGUUCUUUGCCUGACCCAGAAAUCGAUCAAGUUUUGUCAUCUUUAAGGACAUUCCAAUCUGUUAAAUAUUCCUUCUAGGAGACCGAAGGUUUCUUGAGCAAGAAAACAUUAAGCAGCCUUAGUGGAAUCAGAGACUUUGAUCAGAGAGUCUGGUGCUCAUACAUGAGUCACAAGUGGUGCUUUCACAGAGUAAGCCAGCAGCUCCCAAUGACAUCACUUAUAAACAUGGUACAAAUGUAUUUUUUUUUUUUCCACAUAAAAAGUGUGUUCCAUUACAACAUUAAACAUGAAUCAGGCUUGAAGCAGACAGGCCUGAAUCAGAACUAGGUGCUUUAUCUGCUUUAUACACUGCAGUGAGACAGGCCUCCCCCAGGCCCAGCCACAGAAAUGAUUUAGACCAGAUUUAGAACAACAAUAUAAUGCAUCAUUGGUAAAUGGGCAGCAUUUAUAUAGCAUCUUUAUCCAAAGUGCUGUACGAUUGGUGCUUCUCAUUCACCCAUGCACACGCACACCAAUGGCGAUUGGCUGCCAUGCAAGGCAACAACCAGCUUGUCAGGAGCAAUUGGGGGUUAGGUAUCUUGCUCAGACUAAACCAGUAACCCUGCUACUGCCAGAUGACUGCUCUUACCUCCUGAGCCAA